GAGGGGUAGAGAAGCAGGGGGAGAGACUGAUUUAUUUCCACAGCUGAGAGCUCCUCUAUGGUUUGUUGUAGAUUUCGGACAGACAGUUGAGAGGUGACAAGAGAGCCGAAAGAGUGAGGCACAGAAAAAGGGAAAAGAAGGGGAAAAAACUGAGUGCAGGAGGAGGACUGUGGACAUGGAUGCCCUAGCACUAGAGGCCACCAACACUAAAAAGCCAUCUAACGGGGCGGCGGCAGUGGCUGUCCCGUUGCUGGCUCAAGCCCCGGUCAAGCGCAAACCUGCUAAAAAAACUAAAAAGGCUGUUGUUUUCUUUGAGGUGGAGAUACUGGAUGCCAAGACCAAGGACAAGCUCUGCUUCCUGGACAAGGUCGAGCCAAAUGCCACUAUCGGAGAGAUCAAGUCUAUGUUCCACAAGAGCCAUCCUCAGUGGUACCCAGCCAGGCAGUCCAUUCGCCUCGACCCCAAGGGGAAGUCUCUGAAGGAUGAGGAUGUUCUGCAGCAUCUCCCUGUGGGAACCACGGCAACCUUCUACUUCAGAGACCUGGGAGCCCAGAUCAGCUGGGUCACAGUCUUUCUGACGGAGUACACCGGUCCUCUGGUCCUCUAUCUGAUGUUCUACUUCAGAGUUCCCUUCAUCUACGCACCCAAAUAUGACUUUACCACCAGUAAACACUGGGUCGUACAUCUCGCCUGUAUGUGUCACUCUUUCCACUUCUUUAAGAGGCUGCUGGAGACGCUGUUUGUCCAUCGCUUCUCUCAUGGAACAAUGCCGUUACGCAACAUCUUCAAGAACUGUACCUACUACUGGGGCUUUGCAGCAUGGAUGGCCUAUUACAUCAACCACCCACUGUACACACCACCCAUCUAUGGGGAGCAACAAAUCAGACUGGCUCUUGUCAUAUUCUUGUUCUGUCAGAUCGGCAACUUUUCCAUCCACAUUGCUCUUCGGAACCUCCGUCCACCAGGCUCUAAGACCAGAAAGAUUCCCUAUCCAACCAAGAACCCCUUCACCUGGAUCUUCCUGCUGGUCUCCUGCCCCAACUACACCUAUGAGCUGGGCUCCUGGCUUGGCUUCACGCUGAUGACACAGUGUCUGCCGGUGGCCUUCUUCACCUUGGUGGGUUUCAUCCAGAUGACUGUGUGGGCCAAGGGGAAGCAUCGCAGCUACCUGAAGGAGUUCCGUGACUAUCCUCCUGUCCGCUCACCCAUCCUGCCCUUUAUCCUGUAGAGGACUACUUGACCGCUCCGCUCUCCCCGCUUGUAGGAGUCAAAUACACCCCUCCUAAACUGAGAGUGUGCUCUCCCUUUUUCCACCCUCCAAAAUCUCCACUGGAACUUAGUAGACUACUGACUGAAAUACUCUUCCCCCCCCCCCCCCCCAUCUGCCAUCCCUGUAAUAUUGAGUGCAAAUGUGAAGCACUAUACUUGCUUUUUUUAAUUGCCCACAAACCCAUUCUGAUUGGUUAACCGACAUGUGUGUUUGAGCUCCCAGAGCAGUUAUUCACCUUCAAACUACCCAGUGUAUAUUCAUUGACAUACUGUACAUAAAUAAUGUUAUCAUGUCCAACCACUCUGUCAUCUACUACUGUUUUUUUAGGCUGAAUCUGCAUCUGGUGAGAUUCAGUAAAAUGUCAACGGUUUAGUUUUUAUAUCAAUUCAUCUAAAUUUGAAAUCAUGACUGUCAUUUUGUAGAUGCCUGAAGUAAUUUAUUAAAAAAAGGUUAACCAAAA